GCGCGCGCAGGCCGGGCGGGACCGAGGCCGGGAGGCCGGGGCGGCGGGCGCGCAGCUCGGCGGGAGGCGGGCGCCCGGAGACGCGGCCGGGGCGCCGUCCCAGGGCAGGGCUGCCCGGCCGCGGCCCCGGGCCGCCCGCGCUCCCCAUGAAAACCCAGCUCCGCGGCCCCGCAGCGCGGGCGCCCAUGUCGGCCUCGGGCGCGGCGGCGGCGGCGGCGGCGGCGGCGGCGGCGGCGGCUGGGGGCACCGGGGCGGGGUCGGAGCCCGCUGCGGGGUCCGGGGCGGGCGCGGCGGCGGCGGCGGCGGCGGCCAUGCCCUGCAAGAGCGCCGAGUGGCUGCAGGAGGAGCUGGAGGCGCGCGGCGGCGCGUCCCUGCUGCUGCUCGACUGCCGGCCGCACGAGCUCUUCGAGUCGUCGCACAUCGAGACGGCCAUCAACCUGGCCAUCCCGGGCCUCAUGCUGCGCCGCCUGCGCAAGGGCAACCUGCCCAUCCGCUCCAUCAUCCCCAACCACGCCGACAAGGAGCGCUUCGCCACGCGCUGCAAGGCGGCCACCGUGCUGCUGUACGACGAGGCCACGGCCGAGUGGCAGCCGGAGCCCGGCGCCCCCGCCUCGGUGCUCGGCCUGCUGCUGCAGAAGCUGCGCGACGACGGCUGCCAGGCCUACUACCUCCAAGGUGGUUUCAACAAGUUCCAGACCGAGUACUCGGAGCACUGCGAGACCAACGUGGACAGCUCGUCUUCACCCAGCGGCUCACCGCCCACCUCGGUCCUGGGCUUGGGGGGCCUGCGCAUCAGUUCUGACUGCUCGGACGGUGAGUCGGACCGAGAGCUGCCCAGCAGUGCCACUGAGUCAGAUGGCAGCCCCGUGCCAUCCAGCCAACCGGCCUUCCCCGUCCAGAUCUUGCCCUACCUCUACCUCGGUUGCGCCAAGGACUCUACCAACCUGGACGUGCUCGGCAAGUACGGCAUCAAGUACAUCCUCAACGUCACGCCCAACCUGCCCAACGCCUUCGAGCACGGUGGCGAGUUCACCUACAAGCAGAUCCCCAUCUCUGACCACUGGAGCCAGAACCUCUCCCAGUUUUUCCCCGAGGCCAUCAGCUUCAUCGAUGAGGCCCGCUCCAAGAAGUGUGGGGUCCUGGUGCACUGCCUGGCAGGCAUCAGCCGCUCGGUCACGGUCACCGUGGCUUACCUGAUGCAGAAGAUGAACCUGUCGCUCAAUGACGCCUACGACUUUGUCAAGAGGAAAAAGUCCAAUAUCUCACCAAACUUCAACUUCAUGGGGCAGCUGCUGGACUUCGAGCGGACGCUGGGGCUGAGCAGCCCGUGCGACAACCACACCCCCAGUGAGCAGCUCUACUUCUCCACACCCACCAACCACAACCUGUUCCCGCUCAACACCCUGGAGUCCACGUGAGGCUAGGAGCCGGGGGGCCGGUCCUCCACGGGGCAGCCCACCACCCCUGCUGCCUCUGGCCUAAGCUGUUGCCUGGCCCCAGACUGAUGGGUGACAGCUUUUCUCGCUACCCUGGGGAGGUGGGCCCACAGCCAUGGCCACCCUCGGCAGGACGUUGUGGAGGGCCUGGGGCUCUCAAGCGCAUGGCUCUGGGAGUCCGGGGGGGCCUUAUCCUUGUUCAGGUCACUCCUUUCCGCUGAAGACCCAGCCCGUUUGGCUGGUGUUUUGUUUUAUUUUAGUUUUUUAAACACGUUCAUGGACCUGAGUUUACUUUCUAAUGUUGGCAGGUAAAUCCAAGCUCCGUGGAGCACAGAAUGUUCAAAUACUUCUUGACUUUUUCUUGUUUUUUAAAAUGAAAGUGUUAUUUUCAAGCUACAUGCAACAAACAAAUUGUACAAACCAGUAUUUCAUCCUUUCUUGAUCCCGCAAGAGAGAGAAAAGUAUUCUCAGUUUCGUUUUUCUAUUUCGAAAACCAGUUUUGUUUUGUUUUGUUUUUUUAAUGGAAAAGACAAACCCCAUGUUGAUCUUGACCAAAUGCGUUUUGCACAUGUAUGAAGCCUCUGUUUCUUGCAGCGGGCCCUUCUCGAGGGGCGGUCUGCUGCUCUGCCGCCAUGGGACCCCCAGUCAGCCCACAGCUCCUACCCUCCCGACUUGGCAGUGCAGUGCAGUGACGGUGACUGCAUGCACGUUGUGGCUGCCUGCCUAGAGGAUGGCCUUUGCUUUGGGGUCCCUGCAGACUCCCACGGGCAGGUGGGAGGCCCUGCCAGGUCCUGCUGGAGGUGGGGCCACAGGACACUGCCAAGCCGGUAGCAUUAGGCCCCUGGGGUCAGUCCCUGUCCAGGCCUGGGCCUGGGGCCCUGGGCCCUUUUCAGCAGCACCCACUCACUACCUUUGUUUCUGUCUCUCUCUCUUAUAGCGGAGAGUAGAGGCUCAGUGGCCAGAAAAGCUUCUGGGGGGCAGGGGAGGGGGCGGCCCUGCCUCCUGAGGUUUCUCUCCUCCAUCCUGGCUGUUGCUUAGAGUCAACUGCCACUCCCAGCCCUGGCCUGUGGAAGGCUGCCUUGUUCUCGUUGCCCAGGCCUUCUGCCAGGAAGCUCAUACCCAUUGCUGCAGUCCCAGGGCAGAGGCAGAAGGGGCGAGAAUGGACUCGUAAAAGGGGUGCGGAGCUGCCCACCCCUAGUUCUCACAGAACAAAGCCACGGAUUCCGUUACCCCCUCCAGUUUCCUUCCUUCAGCCUCACUUCUCCCAGGUGUCUGGACUGCACGGGGCCUGGGAGGGGUGAGCAGCCAGGCCCCAGAGGCAGCCAGUCUUCUGCAUGUGAGCAGGCCACGGAGACUCUGCCCCCACUGCAUCUUACCUCACGGGGUUGUUUUCAGGGAUUCUUUCGGGCAUCGGAUUCAGAUCUUGCCACAGUCGAGAAAUUGACAAAAAACGAAAAACCUUCCAUGCUGUACAUGGUUCUCUUUCUCUUUUUUACUUUAAAAAAACCCCAGAAAGAUGCAUCAGACUUGUAUAAAUGAGGGUAUGCCAAGAGGGUGGCCGGUUUUGCUUUAUGAUCUUAAUGAAGGAAAAUUUGUGACCCUACAUGUAUGUGUAUAUAUAUAUAUAUAUAUAUAUAUAUAUAUGUGUAUGUGUGUGUACACACACACACAUACACACACACACAUUCAUAUAUAUAUAUAUAAAAAUAUAAAUAUCCCGAGCCAGCAACGGGACUUUGUUUAUAUUGCAAAUAAAUAUUAUUUUUUCUUUAAAA